AUGAAUAGUUCAGUACAAGAUCGUAAAAUUGCGGCAGAAUCCAAUAAAGGUCACACAAUCUUGCUCCUUCAGUUUACUCCAGAUGACAACUCCCGUACUUUCUUAGACUACGAUGAUAUCUAUAAAUGUGUUGAUGGUUUAUGCCAAUUGUAUGAAUAAAAGCUAAAGGUCUCAAACCCAGGGCAAAAUGAAGUUCAAUACGAUGUGAAUGCUCUUUUCCAAUAUCUAGACUCUCUAAAGGAUCUUGGAUGUUUAGUAUAUAAUGCAAAUAUUAAGGGGUAUGAACCAAAGAGCAGAGAAUGGAUUAAGGGACAAAUAUAUAAUUCAUUAAAGGGUCAGGCGACAUAAUGA